AUGAACUCAACCAUAGUUUCCCCCUAUCCGCGAACCCCAAGCAGGACAUACCUCCGUCGCUCGACCUCCACCAUCGGUUCAUUCGCUACCGCCCUGUCCUACCUCACACCCACUGAAGAUGACAUCUCUCUUCGCCGGUCAUCUUCAUCAGACAUUCCAACGGUAGCUGCCCCUGAUCAUUCGCCGACUUCCCCACCGUCUUCUCCACCGUCUGAGACUGAUACGGAUACACAAGGUGUAGAUUCAUUCAUCCUGAUGGCGUUCAAUGCAGAUGACAUUGAAUACGGCCCAAAAACCCUGGAUGACUUUCUCAGAGGUGAUAACCCUGUCCAGAGGGCUAUCAACUUCUACCGAUAUGUCCAAAUGAAGAAAUUCUCACUCUGCUUGUCAGUUAUCAAGGCUACCCUAUCCAUGGCACUCUAUGGUUAUGCAAUGAUCUGGUUCGUAGAGCUGCGAGACGUAUGGCGCAAACUCGACCUUGAGGACCACGAGAGCCGCGAAGGUUGGUUUGUCUGGUUAUAUAUCAUCAACGCAUUAUUCCUCAUUGUGACCCUGUACCGGUUCAUCCGCGCCAUCAGCCGCUUACAUGGUGCUCCGUACGAGAAGCACACGUUCUUGGACUUCACAUCCGUUAUGGCGCCAGGUGGGCCAAAGCGCCUAGUCGCGAUCCCCGCUCGCUUGUUCCUGAUGACGUUGACGACCACCUUUUGCCCUUGUACGAACUCGACGAUUUUCAUCAUCCACACGACGGUCAUGGCCACGACUUUUACUCAGACCACGAGGCGCAUCAUCAUGGACAUCAUCUACACAACAACCAUGUCCACGGCAUCUGUUCAAUCCACGAUGUACACCAUCAUGAACACAACGACAUUGACAUAUGGGAAGGCAUUCCUCGUGGCCGAACUCAGUCGUUUUCUGUAUCGUCCGACCUUUCGGAACAAUGUGCCAGACCGAACCAGGAAGGAAGAUAGCAGUGUGGUUCGAGGGAGCUUGAAAUGUACGAUUAAGUAG